AUAUGAACAGAGUACUCUCUCUUUCAUUCAUAUUCCUCUCGAGUUAUUUACGGGAUAAGCAUUUUUUUGCUGUGGGUAUUGUCUGAAACAGCAUUUCUAUCCGUGAUUCUGCAUUUAGGCAUUUUUUGCCUUACCAAAAUUACAUCUCUAACUUUCUGACGUUCCUGGGCAAUUACUGUUUUUUUUUAAAUUGUUAUUUUUUUCUUUUUGCUUUCUCGACUCUUUACUUUCCGACUGUUUCCUUUUCCACUGUUUGCUAUUCUUACUGGUCGACAUUGAAGACUCUUCGACAUCAAUGCAUGUCUGUAAUUUGGAGAAAAUAUCUUUCGCUUUUAUCUAAGCCACCAAAUUUUUACUCUCUCCUUCUAGCUUAGAUCUGCUUUCUGGUUGGAACUCCGAAAUCUGCCUCUGUAUUCUAACCCGAACUUCAAUCGGGUAUCCAAUUCCGAUUGAGCAAAUACCAAAUUUUGAUCGACGGUGAUUUCCGACCAGAUUCCCGAGUAGGUUGAAUUGGAACCCAUGCCUACCUCUACUAACCAACGUCUUCCUUCAAUCGACUCAGGUGACCUGCCAGAAAGGAUUUUUGCUGAUAAUCACUAUCCUGCUCAUGUAGUUUGUAUCAACUCAUAUUCAAGACCUCGCUACCUAAUUGACAUUUUGCAUAUACUAGCUGGGUUGCUUGAGCUUCAAAUUUUGUUGGUCUCUCCUCUUGAAUCUCUCUUCUCGUUGCCUGUUCGGUUUUGCUUCCUCUCUGGACAGCUUGUACACCAGUUGUUAUGUCGACAACUAUAUACUCCAAAUUGUGAAGAAAUGUGGUUUGUUUAUGCUGGCCAACCUUUGCGGUUCUCCUUAGUAGAGUUUGAAGAAUUGACUGGCCUUUCAUGCAAACCUUUUUCACUGCGUGCAGUCCUACUCAGUAGGACCACUCAUGCUGAUGGAUGUGCACCAUACUGGUAUAAAAUUAUUGGCCAUGACAUUGGGUCCACUACAGUUGAUGAUCUUAUCACACUGUUGAAGAGCGAACCAACCAUGCCUGUCUGGCGGAAGUUUAGACUCGCACUACUUGUAAUUGUUGAAGGGAUCCUGCUUUGUAGAACGCAGCCAGUCAAACCAUCUUUAGAAGUUGUUGAGAUGGUUAAAGAUAUUGACUUCUUUCUUCACUACCCUUGGGGUCGCCAUUCCUUUAAACGUCUUCUUCGAAUGGUGACAAUUGGCGAUUAUAUUGCAGAUAAACCGGCUCUUAUCAAGUUCCUUCCGCAUAGUGAAGACCAGUCAACGUUCCUUGAUCAACCACUCAAAUAUCUUCCCAAGUGCAAAUCAUAUCAUACCUACAACUUUUUGUCAACUGAGCAUGAUCCAGCUGUCUUGUUUCCUUUUUCUGCACCUAGUCAAUUUCGUUAUAUUGCCCUAGGUGACCCAAAAAGGCAGGUGUUAGAAGCAAUUGUCUCCUCUGCCAACAAGUUUGACAAAUCCUUCUCAUUUGGAGGUGACUCGGAAGACCCAGAGGAGCAACUUCGUCAGUCCUGGUUCAGAGACAAAGAUGUCUCUUCUCAGCGAGAUGGCUCCGCCCAGGUUGCAUCAGAUGAAAAUCUUUCACCCUCGCCUUUACCUCCAUCUGGCUCUCCUCAGCUAAUUGGACUCUCUUCUUCUGCUAGUACUACAAAUCGUUAUGGUGAAGCAAGGUUACUUGACAAUGUAACUGUAGACGCAGCCAGUGACGGGGAAGAUAAAAACUAUGUAUCUCACAACCACCCCUGUACCGAUGUGGAUACCACCAGCUUCACUAUGUCAAAGCGAGCAAAGCGGACCACCUGUUCGAGUAACCCUAAAAAAAAGGUCACCUCUGUCAAAAGGUCAUUGAUGGAAGAUGCAGGAGGUACAUCUCCAGCCAGGCUAACCCUCGAACCCCCGCUAUGCGUUUGACCUAUAUGAAGAGUAUGUCACCAGGGUCUAACCGUCCUCCUUCUGCAGAAACUUUAGUUUUCUUUAUGUUGUCUACCUCCUCUCUUUCAGUUUAGUUCCAACUAUGACUUUACUAUAAUGUUGUAUAUUUCUGUUGACAAUAUUUCCUAUUAAUGUUUGCCUAUCAUUAUGUCCGU